AUGGACGUUUUUCUCGCUGCCCAGCUAGGCUGGGCAUUGCAAUUCCUGCUCUUCCUACAUGUGCUUCUCAUCUGCACGAGCACAGCUACAGCUACAGCAGCAGCUAAGAUCAACCGCAAAGAUGUCGUCUCGCGAUUCAACCCAACCCGCCACGCAAGCUCCAACAUCACGCCCAUGCAGGUGGGAAACGGCAAUUUCGCCUUCGGCGCCGACAUCACCGGGCUGCAGACCUUCCUCCCCUUCGCGACGCUCUCGUCCUGGGGAUGGCACAAUGACUCGCUGCCCACCACGCCCGGGCAGACGUCGCCCGCCGACUUCACGGGUCUGGACUGGUGGACCCAUGGCAGGCUCGUCAAUUACGACCAGCCAAACCCCGCUGAGGCGGACAUCUCGCAGUGGCUGAUUGCGAAUCCGCAUCGCAUCAAUCUGGGCCGGAUCGGACUGCACUUUGGGGGGCAAAAUAAUGUGACCGAGUCGGAUCUGACGGACAAGAGUCAGACGCUGGAUCUCUAUUCUGGAACCAUCACCUCCCGUUUCAGGAUCAAUGGCACCGCUGUCACUGUCUGGACGUGGGUCGAUCCGCUGUCGGAUACGGUUGCGGUGAAGAUCGCUUCUGAGCUGCUGUCUCGGGGCCAGCUGGGAGUCUUCUUCGAUUACCCGUAUGCGACAGGCCAGAAUAAAUUCGAGGCACCGUUCGUCGGCGACUGGAACAAUGUCUCCAGGCACGAGACGCAGCUGUCUGCGUUGCCGAAAGGCGGCGCGCAGAUCAAGCAUGUCCUGGACAACACCACGUACUACACUGCCAUCCACUGGUCCGGAGAGGCCUCUAUCACACCGGUGAAUGGCACCCAUCGCUACAUCCUGCAGCCUGGUUCUUCUCCUCCAAGCCAGCAGACCUUCGAGUUGACAGCGACCUUCUCUCCAUCCUCAAACCCCCCAUCUCCAUCCGGCGUCGACUCCGUCGCCCAGAACUGCGUCCACUGGUGGCAAGACUACUGGGAGACGGGGGCCUUCGUCGACCUCACCGCGACGGGGAACGCAACAGCCAUCGAGAUCCAGCGCCGAACGAUCCUGUCGCAGUACCUCCUGGCCGUCAACGAAGCCGGGCACGAUCCGCCGCAGGAGUCCGGUCUCGUCAACAACGGCUGGUACGGCAAAUUCCACAUGGAGAUGUACCUCUGGCAUUCGGCGCACUGGAUCCCGUGGGGGAAGCUCCCCUUGCUGGAGAGGAGCAUCGGCGUCUACAACCGGUUCCUACCUUCCUCCAUCCAGCGCGCGCAGGAUCAGGGGUACGCAGGCGCGCGAUGGGGCAAGAUGAGCGAUCCCACCGGCCGCUCCGCUCCGGGGGAGAUUAAUUCCCUGCUGAUCUGGCAGCAGCCGCACGUCUUCUACUUUGCGGAGACGGAAUACGCUGCAGCAGCGAAUUCCGGUGGCCAACAACAACAGAAGACGAUCCUGCAGAAAUGGGACCCCAUCCUGACCCCGUCAGCAGACUUCAUGGCCUCGUUCGCCUUCUGGAACCAGUCGACAGGCGUCUACGACCUUGGUCCGCCCAUGUACCCUGCCUCGGAGAACACGCCUCCGAACAGCACGACCAACCCUACCUUUGAGCUCGCGUACUGGCGUUUCGGGCUGGACAUCGCCAUGGCGUGGAAAGAGCGGCUGGGUCAGCCUGUGCCUCAGAGCUGGAAGCAGGUCGCGGAGCAUCUUGCGCCGCUGCCUACAGUCGCAGUUACAGACACGAACACUAACACGACUUCUACGACAUACACCCUCUACGAAGGCAUCCCAAACAUGUGGCUCGAUCCCGAAACCGUCACGUCCCACCCCGCCCUGAGCGCCAUCUACGGCCUGCUACCCCCAACAGCCAUGGUCAACGAGACCAUCGUCGCCGCCACAGCGGCCGAGAUCGCGCGCGCAUGGAAUUUCUCGCAGUGCUGGGGCUGGGACUUCCCCAUGCUGGCGAUGAACGCCGUCCGGCUGGGCGAGAUCGAUCGCGCGGUGGGGUACCUUGUCGACGAGAAUUUCGCCUUCGAUGACGUGGGUAUGCCUGUCGGCAGUGCGGAUACGGCGCCUACGCCGUACUUCCCUGGUGCGGGGGCGUUGUUGCUUGCUGUGGCGAUGAUGGCUGGGGGGUGGAAUGGCAGUAGCAGCAACAGUAGCGGUGGUGAUUCUUCUGUUGGGCUUGGUGCUGGUGCUGGGACUGCUCCGGGAUUCCCCCGUAAUUGGGAUGUUAGGGCUGAAGGGUUUAUGGUGAUGUUGUAA